ACAUAGCGAGCAGGAUGGCAAAGAACGGUCACAAUUUGUCUUUAAUUUUUAUGUCAUUAUGUGUUAUUUGGCAAGUCCAGGGACAGGUGCUCACAGCCGCCCGCAGGGAGGAAAAUGCUCGAGCUCGACGGGAACAACAACUAUUAAUGAGAAUACGACAGGAGGUGUCUGACAUGGUACAAAAGGUCCGAGAGGAAACAAUACUCCCUGCAAUCGCCAUGUACAGUACACAGAUGUAUGAAUUGUCAGAGAGUGUCGUCAAUAUCUCUAGAGUAUUCGCCAAUCUGUCCGCAGAGGUUGAGGAACUCCAAGAAAAUAUCAAAAAUGGCAGCCUGUCACCGCCAUGUCCAGACCACUCAUGGGUGCUACACGGAAGACAUUGCUACUUUUUCAGUAACAGUUACGCGAACUGGCAGUCUGCCCAAAGUACGUGCCUCAGUCUGCACGCCACACUAGCCAAGGCAAGCACGCCAGCACUCAACGAUGUUCUCAAGAGGGAAGCUAAAGCUCGAGGCGACACGUUUUGGAUUGGCGGACACGAUCGUUUUGAGGAAAAUACAUGGGAAUGGAUCGGCGACGGUAGUUUAAUAACGUACACGGAUUGGGGCCCGGACCAACCAAACGAUGUCCGCGCUGGACAAGAUUGUCUUGAACUUCUGAUGAAGUUCCAGUUCCGGUGGAAUGAUCGCGAGUGCACUGAAUCGCAAAGAUAUAUUUGUGAGACUCCGGUUUCCAACCGCCGUAAUUAACACUUUCUCUCAGAACAAUUAGUUUCUGCCGGUGUUGAGAGUGACAAAAAAUCUACAGUACUAUCUACACAUAAGUCUUCAAGUGUAUAGAAAACGGAUAGCUUCCUUGAGUGUAAAUGAGUGCCAAUGUGUUGUGAUAAUUUUGUGAAAAUACUUUAUUUGGUAAUCUAACCAUGUCAUGCAGUCAUGCAGGGCUACAAUGAAGGUGUCAAUUUGUCUCCGUUUGGUUGACUUGUAUAAAUAUAUUUGUACUUAAAUUGUA